AUGCCACCCACAUCUCUCUUCACCUCUGACAUUGCAUGCACAGCUGUCGGCUUCGGCACCUUUCAGAGUGAUGAUGGCAACGGAAACAUCAAGCAGGGUGUUCUACAAGCACUGCGCUUCGGCUACAGACACAUAGACACCACUAUUGCUUAUGGAAAUGAGAGGGAGGUUGGCGAGGUCAUCAAGAAGAGCGGGAUAUCUCUGGAGGAGAUCAUUGUUACCACUAAGCUAGCUCAGACGUGGCACUGUGUUUCCGAUGUCGAGAGAGCCCUCGACCUCAGCUUGGAGAGGCUGCAACUAGACUAUGGUUUCUCCAACUUCAAUAUCCUAAAACUGAAGAGAUUUCUCAAGUCCUCUAGGAUUCCUCCUGCAGUCAAGCAGAUCGAACUUCACCCAUACUUACCCCAAGUUGAGCUGGUGGACUUCUGCAAAAUUAAGGGCAUUCACGUAGUGGCUCACCAGCCACUCGGCGGCAAGCCAGUAGCCGCAGUCAAUCCGAACGCAGACCGACCAGGCCGCUUGAGCGAUCCAGAACUACAAGGUAGCCGACAUGGCGGAAAAGCAAAACCGUUCGCUAGCCCAAACCAUACUAUCCUGGAUCGUCCAACAAAACAUAUCCGUCAUACCCAAGACCGUCCAGGAGAGCAGAAUGGUAGAGUACUCGACCUCAAACAGUUACCCGAUAAGGAUAUGACAACAAUAUCCAAUAUAUCAAAAAAGAAAGGAGAAGUCCGCUAUCUCGAUGCGAAACACCACAUCAACUUCGAUAUGUCGACGAGCAACACGAUCAGUCAGUGCAGGAAUGAUCGACCAGGCACCAGUGUUGUAUUUGCAGAUAUCUGA